GAAAAAUCAAAAAUAGCCGGUUUGCCAGUCAGUGCGGCGAUGUCGACGGCGAACGACGACGUUUCGACGGUACGGUUCGACCGGUGGUGGUGGUGCUGGCGGAGACGAAGGAGGAGUAGCUGUACCUGCGGGCCGACGACGAUGCCGCAAGGAUACGCGAAGGCGAUCGUCCUUCUCGGUGUGCUAGCGGUGUUAUGCGCCCUCCUGGGCACCGUCGAGGCCGUCGCGAAGACGAAAUCGGACGAGCCUCGGCCCAAGGGUGGCCACAAGGAAGCCGAGCCUGUCAUCGAGGAAGUCAAUGCCAAACAGCUCGAGCGGCUCCUCAACGAGAAGGAUUUUGUUGCCGUGUACUGGUAUGCGAGAAGUUGCACGACAUGCGACAAGGUGCUGGCCGAGCUGGAAAAGAUCGACGACGACACGGACCACUUCGGGGUCGACUUCGUCAAGAUCAACGACAAACGACUGGCCAAGCAGUACGGAAUCAAGAACUUUCCAGCCCUCUCUUACUUCCGCGAGAAGGAACCGAUCAUUUAUGAAGGUGACUUGAUGGACGAAGAAGAAGUUCUGGACUUCCUGACGAGUCUGGAAGCGAUGGACCUGCCCGAUCGUAUCGAAGAAGUGAACUCGAAGAUCUUGGAAAAGAUCGUCGAGGACACCGAAUUCGUGGCAGUCCUCUUCUGUCCGGAUACGCAGCGGUGUGCUGGCGCCGGUUCUAACAAGCCUGACUGCAAAAAGUGUCUGAAGGCCCUUCAAGAGUUGGAGAACAUCGACGACGAGGCCGAUCAGUUGGGUAUCGGUUUCGUGAAGAUCGCGGAUGAACAGCUCGCCGAUGAAUACAAUCUAGGCACUCUUCCCAAGCUGGUCUACUACAGGCAUCAGAUACCUAUUAUCUACGAACAGGAGCUCAGCAGAGAGGAGGACGUGCUGGAGUGGCUAAUAGCGAACAAGAGCACGGGAGACGAAGAGGACGUGAUCGAGGAUGUAACGGCGAAGACUCUACAAACUCUGAUCGGGAAUAUCGACAACCUGGUCGUGUUAUUCUACAAUCACGGCGACGAGGAUUCGAUGCAGGUUCUGACCGAGCUGGAGAAGAUCGACGACGACUGUGACAAACAUGGGAUCCAGUUCGUCAAGAUCGACGACGAGAAGGCCGCGAAGGACUUCGGGAUCGAUUCAGUACCGGUGAUCGUCUAUUUCGAAAAGCAAAUUCCGAAUGUCUAUGAUGGUGACGUGGAGAACGAGGAUGAAAUUCUGGAGUGGCUGCUGUCUCAGUUGGAAAAAGAUGAAAUCGAAGACGUCACCGACGAGAUGUUAGACCGUCUGAUCAAGGAUGGAAAGACUCUUGCAGUACUCUUUUACGACAACAACGAUCGGAAAUCGCAGAAGAUUCUGAACGAGCUGGAGAACAUCGACGACGAGUGUGAUCAGUUAGGAGUGACCUUCGUAAAGAUCGACAACGCGGAGGAGGCGAAGGAGUACGGCAUCGAGAAGAUACCCAGCAUGCUCUAUUUCGAGAAGGGGAUACCGACGCUCUACGAGGGGAACUUGGAGGACGAGGAGAAAGUUUUGAAAUGGUUAGAGCAACAACAGAAAAGUGAUCACAUCGAGGAUAUCACCGACGAGAUGCUCGACAUGGUCAUCGAGAAGAUGCCUCACGUAGCCGUCCUCUUUUAUGACAAGGAUCAGAAGAAGAGUCAGAAGAUCCUCAGCGAGCUGGAGAACAUCGACGACGAUUGCGAUAGUCACAACAUAGCGUUCGUCAAGAUUUCUGACUUGGACGAGGCCAAGGAGUACGGAAUCGACACUCUUCCCACGCUGGUACUCUUCGAGAGAAGGAUACCGCACGUGUACGAAGGGGAUCUGAUGAACGAGGAUCAGCUGCUCGGAUGGCUACUGCAUCAGAAGAAGCACACGGAGAUACCGGAGGUGACGGACGAGAUGAUGGAGAAGCUGAUUGAGACCUCGCCGUACUUGGCCGUCCUGUUUUACGACAAGGACGACAAGCAGGACAUACGGAUCCUGAACGAGCUGGAGAACAUCGACGACGAGCUGGAGAAGGAGGGUAUCGUGAUCAUACGCAUGGACAACGACGCCGAGGCGAAGGAGUACGGUAUCGAUCAUCUCCCGACUCUGGUCUACUUCGAGAGCAAGAUACCCGCGAUAUACGAGGGCGAUCUCUUGAACGAGGACGAGGUGCUCGAGUGGCUCAUCGAGCAGAAGAACUCCGCCACCAUCGAGGAAGUCACCGAUGAGAUUUUGGUCGACUUGAUCGAAGAACACGAAUACGUCGUCGCGUUCUUCAGUGGAGACUGUGACGAUGGCGACGAAUGCGAUAAAAUACUGGAAGAGCUCGAGAAUAUCGACGACGAAUUAGAUGAGACCGGUAUCAUCUUCGUCACUACGGAGGACACGGCAUUCGCGAAGAAACACGGAAUCAAGAGCUUCCCGACGCUGGCCUUCUUCCGAAACAAAGAGCCGUUAAUAUUUAAGGGCGACCUCGAUGACGAGGACGAGGUCCUCUCUUGGAUCAUCGACGAGGACACCCUCGAGAUUCCUGGGAAAAUCGAAGAAGUGAAUUCAAAAAUGCUGGAGAACAUUCUUGACGAGAACGACUACAUCGUGAUUUUUUUCUACAAAGAGGGUGAUAAAAAGAGCCAGAAGAUUCUUCAAGAGCUUGAAAACAUCGACGACGAGUGCGAGGAGAAGGACAUCGAUUUCGUAAAGAUCUCCGACGAGGGAAUCGAGAAGGAGUACGAUCUCCCGGGUCUGCCGGCGUUGGCCUUCUACAGGCACAAAUUUCGUCAGGUUUACAGCGGCGACAUGAUGCACGAGGAGGCGAUCCUGGAUUGGAUCCUCGAUUUACGAACGCAAACGCCUGACGUGAUCGAGAGCGUAGACCGGAAGACUCUGCAGGUGUUGAUCAACGACGUCGAACACCUCGCCGUAUUCUUUUACGACGACAAAUGCGAAACGUGCCCGGAGAUUCUCGAGGAACUAGAGACCAUCGACGAUGAUACCGACAAGCACGGUAUUCAAUUCGUUAAGUCAAACGACGCGAAAUUAGCCGCCGAGAUUGGCGUCUUCUCUUUUCCGGCGCUCGUUUAUUACGAGACUGGUGUACCCAUCAUGUACGACGGUAAUCUGCUCGACGAAACCGAAGUGCUCGAUUGGAUGGUGAAGCAGAAGACGGACGAGAGCAUCGAGGAAAUCGAUCGUGACACGCUAACCAAAUAUAUCGAGACGAAAGAAUUCCUGGCUGUCGUUUUCUACAAGGAGGAGGAUCCUGAGAGUCCUAGGAUACUCAGGCACGUCGAGUUGAUCGACGACGAGGCUGCCGAGUACGGGAUAAAGAUCGUCAGGAUGAAGGAUCGGCUAAUGGCGAAGAAGUACGGCUUCCGGAAUCCGCCCGGUAUCACGUACUUCCGCAAGGGGAAGAAUAUUAACUACGACGGAGACGUCGACGACGAGGAAGAGAUCCUCGAUUGGCUGACCAAUCCGGAGAACAUGGAGCUCACCGAUCAUAUCGAACGAAUAAAUAAGAAGAUGUUCCAAAAGAUACGACAGACCACUGAUUACUUGGCAGUGUUCUUCUACAGCAACGACUGCAAACAGUGUGGCAGGGUGCUGUCGGAAAUCGAGCACAUCGACGACGAGGCGGACAACGCGGGGAUAAAGUUCGUCAAGAUCGACGACAAACAGCUGUCCAAGCAGUACGGCGUCUUCGCGUUGCCAGCGAUAUUAUUUUUUAAGAUGUCCUCGAAGGAACCAGUCAUUUACGCAGGGGACCUUUACGACGAGGAACAGAUUCUGCAGUGGCUGAUGACGCAGAAAGACCCGUCCGGAGAGGUAAUCGAGGAUUUAGAAGGAGAAGAACUCUUGAAUUUAAUAAGAGAAUCGGAAUCGUUGGCGGUGUACUUUUGGAACAGAACGCUUUGCGAGUUGUGUCAGGCAAAAUAUCAGCGCAAGCAGACACGGCACAGGGAGCGCAGGAGUCCCGAGCAAGAAGCAGCACUCGAAGAACUCGACGAUGUGGAAGACUGCGACCAAUGCAUGGGGAUUCUCGAAGAACUGGAAAACAUUGACGAUGAUUGCGAUCGACACGGCAUUACCUUCGUCAAAACGCAGGACUAUAAGGUGGCAGAGGAUUACGGAGUCAUCGAGUUUCCCGUACUGGUCUACUUCGAGAAUCAAAUACCAAACGUGUUCGAAGGGGAUUUAAAAGUGGAGGAAGAAGUUCUACAGUGGUUGAUUACGCAGAAAACAGAGGAUCGUAUAGAAUUAAUUACCCGAGUGAUGUUAGAGACGUUCGUCGAAGAAACACAGUAUAUCGCGGUCUAUUUCUACAAGCAGAACUGCCAUAUAUGCGACGAAAUUUUGGAGGGGCUGGAGAAAGUCGACGACGAGUGCGACGUAUUCGGAAUUCAUUUAGUAAAAAUUCAGGACCCUCAACUGGCCAAACGAUAUUCCAUUAAGACGUUCCCCGCACUGGUCUACUUCAGAAACGGCAAUCCACUUUUGUUCGAAGGCGAUUUGCAAAACGAGGAGUCGGUCCUCGAAUGGCUGAUCGACGAUGACAAUCGAGAACUGGCGGACGAGAUUGAAUCGGUGAACGAGAGAAUGUUGGAGAGACUUAUGGACGAAUCACCGUUCCUAGCCGUCUUCUUCUAUGACGAGGACUGUCCCGAGUGCGACGAGAUUAUGGAAGCGUUGGAAAAGAUCGACGGCGAAGCAGACCUGUUUGGUAUCGAUUUCGUAAAAGUCCUCGGCACGGAGGUUGCAGAGAAGUACGAGAUCAUGAACGUUCCAUCGUUGGUCUACUUCCGCAAGAAGACACCGUUGAUGUACGACGGUGAUCUGACUCAAGAGGACAAAAUCCUCCAGUGGCUGACGUCUCAGGACGUGUUCGAGAUCAAAAACGAAAUCGAGGAAGUCAAUAAAAAGAUGUUGGAUAAACUUUUGGACGAGAACGAAUUCCUCACUGUAUUUUUCUACGAACCGAAUAAUAAGGAGAGCGAAGAGGUGAGCGAGAAAUUGGAGAACAUCGACGGAGAGACGGAUAACUUGGACAUCACGUUUGUAAAAAUGGCAGACCCGAGAUACGCUAGGAAAUGGGGUGUUACCAAGCUGCCUGCGAUCGUCUACUUUCGAAAAAGAUUUCCCAGCAUCUAUCGAGGCGACCUGCACAAGGAGCAAGACGUCUUGGACUGGUUACGCAAGAAUAGGUACCGUCAGCCAGAGCUGAACAUCUACAUGUACAUGCUGAUCGCGAUCACGGUUCUCUUCACAAUGUACACCGGCUUUCUGUUAUCGUGUUUCCGGUCGGAACCGGCGACGCCCGCGGUGCAUCCAAAGCAAGCGUGAACACUCGUGUGUUAGGUAAAACCGAGAAGUGAAAGAUAGAGAGAAAGGUACGGAGAGUAAGAGAGUGCGAAAGAAUGAAAGGGAAGAGAAGUUAAAAGAUUUAUGGAUUGUUGACGCGCGAGUGUACGUUCUAGUUGUUGUUGAUCCGACUCGCUUUUAAGAUUAAAUCGGCGGCCGUUCGUCCGGAACGAACGAUCCGUAAUCGAGGCUCGACGAUUCUACGAGGAUGACGACGACGAAACCUGUCUACUACUUCGCUUAGACGAUGAACGAACGAUUAUGAUGAUAGGUACAUACAUAUCUUGCGCCGUAAUAACGGUUCGAGUUAUCCGUGGAUACCGUGAACGCGUGGUAUGCUUGCUCAACGUGGACCAAACCCAUGGAAUUUUCUAUGUGAAAUUCAGACCUCUGUCAAAGAUAAGAAGGAUGGCAUGAAGCGACGAUUGCGGGUGUUCGCUCGAGUUUUAUUCCAAGCGUAUUAUCGUUACGUGUAUAAGCGUACAUCGUAUCGGUAAUCGUGUAUUACUCUGGAUCGCGUUUGAAUCACCGUACGGCGACCGAGUCGUUUGAUAUAAUUACAUUUAUCGUAUUGCUUUGUAACGAUAGAGAUAUUACGUUGUAUCGUAUUCCAUUCACUUUGUAUUAACUUUAUGCUGACUCGACGAUUUUUUUGUUGCGUUUUUAGGGUGAAUAAAAUUGAUCGACACACGUGUAUUCUGUUAUUUUGCUGCUGUUCAUGGAACGUUGAUAGCGAUUUCGAUCGACGAUGAUUUCUUUUCAUUUGAUUUUAUCGUAAUUACAGUGAGAUCAAUUGACAGUGGUCUCUCGAUCAUCUACGGUCCACGUGUAAUUCAAUGUCACCGUGUUCUGUCGGAUUCUACAACCAAGAUAAAUCAUCGCCGACCUCAACUGAAUAAAACGAAAGAGUGAAUAAUGUAUACGAGACGGCAGAACUGCCUAACUUAUAAUGUCUAGGAUGUUAACACGAUUAUGAGGAAUAAAGUGCGAACCCUUGGACCAAUUUCAAA